AACCCAGGGUCUGCAGGCAGUCGUAAAACCUACUUCACCGCGAAGGGAGGUUUAAGAUAGAUCUUCUAAAAACUUAUACGAAAGUGAAGUCUUAAGAUACCCUCGUCUGGGUAAGGAGGCCGAAUAUCGAGGGGCACUUCUUAUUAGAAACCUAAUAAUCGGGCUCAACGAACCGCGUGUGAGAUCGGACAGAUUUUGUAAACCGCUGGACUUUUUCAGCCCAAAUGCGGAUGCGUUAUGCUAACGACAGACUCGGGGAUUUCGCCAAGAUGAGACGCAAGAAUACGAAAAGUCUAUUUUUGUUUUUUGAUGAACAUGCACUGAAAGCUGGAUGUGUCGUAGUAUAACGUGUUAUAUCAUCGCAGAACUUAAUUUAAUCGCGUAUUCAGCCAACAACGAGAACAUAAUUUAGUUAAGCUAAGCUAAGAUAGCUACUUAGCCAGCUAAGUGGCGGGUAUCGUUUUUUAACCUAACCGUGCCAUGAAAAUGAAGUUCCGCAGGAACUUGUGGCUUUAGACUACUCAGAGUUCGGCCAUCCCGGGUUUUAGGCACUGUUGACCACGCUUAUUAUUAUUUUUUUAAAUGUAGUCGAUUAGUCGGUUUUACAUGUGCUGACACUCGAGUUUGUUAGCUAGCAAGCAAACGGCAGCUCGCGGCGGCUCGGUCGCUGUAAGGCUGAAGCUCGCGGAGCGUCGCGCUUGCUGUCUCGCGGUCUCGCUCGCUUGCCUGCCAGUUUCCUUUUUCAGCGCGCCCUCCUCUUCCUCAGGUAGCCGCGCAGCAGUCAUUUAAACCCAUACCUGUAGCUAGUUUGGUACCAUUUUGUGGAAAAGACUUUGCAAAACUGUUACUGCAAAAUAUUGUACAUUUAGGUACUAGGGUGUCAGGGCAAGACGGAUUUCCAGCUCGUGUGGUCGCUGAUUUUAACCGGUCACCUCAGGGAACGACACCGUGUGGUAAACGAGCAGCGAGUUUGUCUGUCCACUGUCACCAGUUAAUUCGGUUUUUAGUGGCAACACCGUCCUUUUCACAGUCAAGAAAAUGGAGAAUUGGUAGCCGGUUUGCUAUUGUAGAUGUUUUAGAUGAAACGGCUAAUUAGUCCGAUUUGGGGAAAGUUUAGUUGGUGACUGCUGAAUACUCAACUCGCUCGUCUCUCAGGAUAUAGUUAAGCAGGUCGUUUCGCAUCGAUGGCCGAUAUCGUUAUGCUUACUAGAUCUGGUUGGUAGCCCACAGAAAUCGACCAUUCGCUUCAUUUUUUCCAGAGAUGUGCUCCAGGCGGUAAGAGAACAGUUACUGGUAGGUUGGCUGAUAAAUUUGUGUCUUUAAAAAAUCGCUGGAAAAUAUUUCUAAAUUAUCUUGGCUCGUAGUGGUCGUUCGUUUAUAUUUUCCAAGUCCCUGUAACGAGCUGGCUUGCUCUUAAUUCUAAUCACGGGACUUCACACGGAUUUUAUUUCGUCUGUCAAAUUUCAAUUUAUUGUGCGUUAUUUUGCACAUCUGUUUGAUUUUUUAUGAGGAGAGCCGGACGUUAAUGGAGGGCUAGCUGAUGCUGAGUUUAUGACGGUUACUUCGGCUAACUAACAGGAUAUUCAUGUGUGAAUGUACGUUUGCCCACUUAGCUGGAUUCUGACAGUCAUAACCAGCAGGUGGGUCCUCGAAAUUAGCUCACUGAACGGAGGUAGGGAGCCAAGCAGAAAAUAAUCCAAUCAAUAUUUCUACCCUCAUAUCCAGCUACAAUCGGUUAUGAAAUUUACUCUCGUGUUCAUGCUGGCUACAGUUUUUAUUCUUGAAAAGAAGCCGAUAACCAGCCGCCGCUGGCCGUAGAUACGCGGUUUCGUCUUCGUAACUGUAAAUCUUGGUUUAUCACGAUGGCUGUUUUUUGAGAUUUGAAAAUCGAGAGGAAGAAGGCUCGACUGGAUGCUCGCCCCAGACUCCCGCAUCGCCGCCGUUGUGCUGUUUUUGUGUUGAUUCCUCUGUCUCCGCCUGUCCGGACCUUCCCGCUGGUUCUAUAUCGGCUCGGUCGACCCGGGGCUGAAGAUGGCGGACCUAGAGGCAGUGCUCGCCGAUGUCAGCUAUUUGAUGGCGAUGGAGAAGAGUAAAUCUACUCCAGCGGCCCGGGCGAGCAAGAAAAUCAUCCUUCCUGAACCCAGUAUUCGGAGUGUAAUGCAGAAGUAUUUGGAAGAGAGAGAUGAGCUCACCUUUGACAAAAUCUUCAACCAGAAGAUUGGGUUCCUCCUGUUCAAGGAUUACUGCAUGAAUGAGAUCGACGAGGCAGUUCCCCAGCUGAAGUUCUACGAAGAGAUUAAAGAGUACGAGAAGCUGGACUCGGAGGAGGAGAGACUGAGUCGCAGCCGGCAGAUUUAUGACGGCUACAUAAUGAAGGAGCUUCUGUCGUGUUCACACCCCUUCUCUAAAAAUGCGGUGGACCAUGUCCAAUCUCAUCUGGCUAAGAAACAGGUGCCUCCAACCCUUUUUCAGCCAUACAUUGUGGAAAUCUGUGACAGUCUGCGGGGGAAGAUCUUUCAAAAAUUUAUCGAAAGCGAUAAGUUCACUCGUUUUUGCCAGUGGAAGAAUGUGGAGUUGAAUAUCCAUUUAACCAUGAACGACUUCAGCGUCCAUCGGAUCAUCGGCCGAGGCGGCUUUGGCGAGGUGUACGGCUGCAGAAAGGCAGACACGGGCAAAAUGUACGCCAUGAAGUGUCUGGACAAGAAACGUAUUAAAAUGAAGCAGGGCGAGACCCUGGCGCUCAACGAGAGGAUUAUGCUGUCCCUGGUCAGCACCGGGGACUGUCCGUUUAUUGUGUGUAUGACCUAUGCCUUCCACACCCCUGAUAAGCUCUGUUUUAUCCUGGAUCUGAUGAAUGGCGGAGACCUCCACUAUCAUCUGUCCCAGCAUGGAGUCUUCAGUGAGAAAGAAAUGCGCUUUUAUGCAGCGGAAAUUAUCUUGGGCUUGGAGCACAUGCACAAUCGAUUUGUUGUGUACAGAGACCUGAAGCCUGCAAACAUCCUCUUAGAUGAGCACGGCCACGUCCGCAUCUCGGACCUGGGCUUGGCUUGUGACUUCUCCAAGAAAAAACCACAUGCCAGCGUGGGGACCCAUGGCUACAUGGCACCGGAGGUCCUGCAGAAGGGAACCGCGUACGACAGCAGCGCUGACUGGUUCUCCCUCGGCUGCAUGCUGUUCAAACUUCUGCGCGGACACAGUCCAUUCCGGCAGCACAAGACCAAAGAUAAACACGAGAUUGACCGUAUGACUCUCACUAUGAAUGUGGAGUUGCCAGACUCGUUCUCUCCAGAGCUGAAGGCUCUUUUGGAAGGUCUGUUACAGCGAGACGUGGCCAAGAGGCUUGGUUGCCAGGGCAGCGGCGCUUCAGAGGUGAAGGAACAUUUGUUCUUCAAAGGAAUCGACUGGCAGCAGGUCUAUCUCCAGAAGUAUUCGCCGCCUCUCAUCCCACCCCGGGGAGAGGUCAAUGCAGCCGACGCCUUUGACAUUGGCUCCUUCGACGAGGAGGACACCAAAGGCAUAAAGCUGCUAGACAGUGACCAGGAGCUGUAUAAGAACUUCCCCCUGGUGAUCUCGGAGCGCUGGCAGCAGGAGGUGGCAGAGACGGUGUACGAGGCUGUGAACAAUGACACCGACAAGAAUGAGCUGAGGAAGAGAGCCAAGAACAAACAGCAGGGUCAUGAGGAGGACUACGCGCUGGGGAAGGACUGUAUCAUGCACGGCUACAUGCUGAAGCUGGGGAACCCCUUCCUGACGCAGUGGCAGCGCCGAUACUUCUACCUAUUCCCCAACCGUGUGGAGUGGAGAGGGGAGGGCGAGUCCAGGCAAAACCUUUUGACGAUGGAGCAGAUCGUGACGGUGGAGGAGACACAGAUCAAAGACAAGAAGUGCAUCCUGCUCCGGAUUAAAGGAGGGAAGCAGUUUGUCCUGCAAUGCGAGAGCGACCCAGAGUUUGUGCAGUGGAAGAAGGAGUUGACGGAGGCAUUCACCGAGGCCCAGAAACUGCUGCGCCGCGCCCCCAAAGUCAUUGGGAAGAGCCGAGGCGGCGUGGUGGAGCUGUCCAAGCCGCCACUCUCACACCGCAACAGCAACGGGCUGUGAGGCUCCGCCCCGCAUUGCCCGGCCUCCGUCCAGAAACUCUCUUUCGCACAUGCACAGAGUUGCAUUCUCUCUCUCUCUCUCUCUCUCUCAUACUUACUUACGUGUACACACACACACACACACACACACACACACACACACACAUGCACACAGUUGUUUCCACCUCACUUCCCCCAACCACGACCACGAACCUGUUCAGUUAUAUAAACGUGAACCUCCACAGGGUCUGUCUGGAGAGUUCUGCUGGACCACACGCCCGCUGCACCUGCACUGUCUCUCACAUACAUACUUGCAACUUGACACGUCAGGGUGACUGUCACUCCAUGUUAAAGAACCGAUGAUGUCACUGCUGAGCUUAUAUGUUGACUAGAACGAACACACGUGGGACAGGAUGUCUGCUUUUCUGCCUUUUGUAUAGACAUCCUCCUCCUCUCCUCUCCCCUCCUCUCCCCUACCUGUGAAGCUCCUCCUGCUCCAGUACUUUCCCCCAGGCAGGGCCUGGCAGUAGUUCGACCCCGGUCAGGCACACGAGGACCCACGCAUGUCGUGUCUGUGUCCUGUGUCCUGAACCAUUCUUCCCUCUCCUGUGAACACAUGGGCUGGAGUGACAGCGAACAAGACAAGUUCUCGAUGUAAAUACAGAGCAGGUGAUGGACGUCCUGACAUACAGGCGUGGUGAGCUGUGGUAGGAUAGUGUCAAUACCUCCACAGUGGACAACAUCUUUGUCUGCCUUUGGUUCUCAUUCAGAGUUGAAUUGAGUUAAGAAAAGGAGAUCAAAUGAAAACAUCUGGCGAAAUGGCUUUUAAGAUGCCACGUCAGUUAUCUUGUCGUGGCCCUUUUAAAAUAGCGAAGGCUGCUCUAAGUGGCCCAUUCAUUAAACAUACACUGUCUGUCUCAUUCUUUCUAUAUUGCUGACUCACAGCACAGCUGUAUCGAACUAGUCUUGGAGGUUUUGUUGUCCAAAAAUGGAUCCUACAAAUGGAUACUAAUGAGUGGUUUGUGGUGGUCACCCCCCCCCCAGACUGACUCCUCCCUUUUCAUGUAACGGGGGUGGUCUGCACUGAGGAGAAGCAGAGAUUUGACUCGUCAGUGGUUGUACUCUUCCAGGAGUGUGAUUGAUUUAGGUAUUCAGGCCCUUUAGAGACCAAAUUUGCAUCGCUGUGUGUGUGUGUGACAUGUGACCAGUUUCUUAAAGGCAGAUUACCCGUGCAGGUGUCUGUACGAGGCAUUCCCUUAUUUCUAGACUUUUGUUUGAUUUUUUUUUUUUUUUUUUUUUGAUUUUUUUUUCUGGAGAGAUUUGCUGCUUAAUAAUAGGAAUGAAAUGGUGGAAUAUUGGCCACACAUUCUUCCCCUCCUGCCCUCGGAACCGGUCCUACGACCCAACCCUACAUCCUGAAGUGCAAAAAGUGCCAAUAAAAAAAAAACGUAUAAGACACACAAGAAUCUUCACAGGACACCUGCACCACUCUGGACUCUCCCCCCUGAACGGAGCAGCUCAGGUGUGUGAGGGCACUAAUGCCCUGCAGGACGCCAUACUCCAGCACCUCCUCUAGGAAGGGACUUCACACACAGGCUCCCUUAAAGACACUGAUGUGCAUGUGGUCAUGUGAGCGAUGGGGAUGAGCAGUGCAGGAGUCCUGAUCUUGACUGUAUAUAAGAACCAAUCCUUUCUCUGUGCAUCUACAGUAUAAUCUUCUUGAAAAAUGGUUGCAUAUAUGGGGAUUUAUGUCUGCCUGUCUGUGUUUGUCCCUGUGUCUCGCCUGGGUGGGGUGGGUUUGAGAUGACCGCUUUCACUCGGUCAGCAUGCAUACCUCAGGAUGAGACAAAUACAUCUGUGUGGAAGACCUAAAGGAGGAGCAAGGCACAGGGAUCCCAUCCCAGUGUCUCACCACAGACAGCUGUACACCUGAUGCCCCGCAUGUUUGUGUUGCCAUGAUCCAUCUGACGGCAGACAGACUGUUAAAGACAGAUGUGUUUGUGUCCUACACUGAGUGCGAUCACACAGGUGAUGAGAAUGAGCUACAUAGAUGCUAGGGGGAAAACAACUUAAAAUCAUUUGUUGUAAUGCUUGAUUUCAGUAUAGUUUUAAUUUUUAUAUUAUUUUGAAUGUGAGAAAAUGCAGAUUUCUAUAGAUGACUUAUUUUUGAAGUAUAUGUGCUUUUUUUGUCUGCCAGAAAAAAAGCACAGCAAAAAGUCAUAAAAACAGUUUGGAAAGGGAGUUUAGCUUCUUUUUUCUGUUUGUAAAUUUCAGGUUUCUCCAUGCAGCAAUUUUUUUAGAGUGGUUCUUGUCCAUGCAUUUCGAGAAGCAGCUUUGAUUUGCAUGUGACCCUCGGUUUUUGCAAAAAUGUGCAGGUUUUGGGGUUGAUCAGUUUUUGUAGCCUUUAAGUGUUUGGGAGGUGCCAUCAUGGAGGAAGUGGUUUUAUAGCCCUUCGCGGGUUUAUUUUGAAACCAAAUUCGUUUGGAUAUUUCAUUAAUAUCACUCCACUUUUGAUGACCAGAUUUCACUAGCUGACAGAAGUGUGCCAAACAACUAUAAAAGAACCAAUGAAGAACUUUAACUGCAUGAUCCUCACAGACCACAACUCACUGUCUCCAUUCCCAGUGUCUCAAGGCCCAAACUGGGAACCUUAUACAGGUGAACGAAGGUGACUGGAGGAAGGGUACAAAGUUGAUGACCAAAUGUAGGUCAUCCAGUGGGCGGAGACAUGGCUAGCUUCCAGUCAACCAGCAAUCACUGGUACCUUCAAAUUUUUACCAACUUGCCCAGUUUUCAAAGAUGGUGGCACCUCCAGCAAUCCCAAAUAUUCAUGUUUUAUUCAGGGGUUUUUAUAUUUUUAUUUUAAUGGUAGCGUUUCAUUCACUAUGUCAGUGCUUGCUUUCUUUCAAAUGCUUGUGUGUCUAAUCUGUAGAGGUGAAUUUGUCUGGCAAACAUGGAUUUCAAAUUUAAUGAGAAAAUAAUGACAGCAGUGAAUAGGAAAAAAUAAAAAUUAACAAAUGUGUAUAUGAAAUGACAUGAGUUAGGUUUAUUUAAAACAAUGUAGAAACAAAAGAUGGGACGGGAUUGGGUUUGAUGUAAGUUUCAAAUAUUUGUGGUGAAGAAUCAGCUCAGAUCUUGCACAUAAGUUUAGAUAGUGUACCUACAAGUUAGAGUCUUAUUUUUGUCUGUUAAUACAGGACUUUUGCUCUUUCAUAUUUAUUGUCUGGUUGGGGAGCCCCUCUGUGCUAACCAUGUAGGGUUCCUCUAGAGCACAGAUGUAGAAGAUUCCAGUUUACACUCCACCAGAUGCUCCUCUUUUUUUUUCCCCUUCUUGUUGUUGUUGUCACAAACGCAAAUACUACUGUCUGGGGUUAUUGCAGUCAAAUAUUAUUAUUAUUAUUAUUAUUAUUAUUAUUGAUGCACCAAGAAUGAUUGAUUAUUUUUUCCUUCCCAGAGAAGCCUGGAACGAGUUGGGACUGCCCAUUAAAAACAAUUCAGAAAUAAAGAGCCUUUUUGUGUUG